AUGCUCACCUGCGUCCGUCAUCUUGCCCGCCGUCGCCCAAAUUAUCCUGCACGGUUUUACUCCGCCAAGGCAAGCCAGAAAUCCACCUCGUCGUCUAAGACCGGCACUGCUAUUCCAAAGCCACGACUGGACUACCGCUCCAUUUCUGAAAAUGUUGUCUUUAAAUCCCACAAUGCUUUCAACCGGAGAGCGAACCUCCCAGUUGGAGCCAUUCAAUCCAUAGACUCCCUUUAUCAACAACAUAAAACCUUGGCCCGUACUCUCAACGACAAGAAGCACAUACAGGGCACAAUCGGCGAGAAAAUCAGGAGUACGAAGGACCCAGAGACCAAGCAAUCUCUUCUCUCCGAGGCGAAGGCACUCAAAUCCGAAGUCUCCCAGCUAGAGACCCAACUUGACAACAUCGCUGAUCGCUUGCUCAGUUUGGCUCUUGCUGUUCCCAAUGACACCCACCCCGAGACUCCUCUGGGUCCCGAAUCCGCCGCCGUCACACUCUCUACACAUGGCCCCGAACCUCUGCCCAUUUCCUCUUCGAGAGACCACGUCUCGGUCGGGAAACAGCUUGGUCUUUUGGACCUUGAAGCGGCUGCUACCGUAACGGGAUCAUCCUGGUACUAUCUUCUCCGCGAAGGAGCCUUGCUUGAGAUGGCACUGGUCAACUAUGCUUUAUCCAUCGCUAUCCGACAUGGUUUCACUCCCGUCACCACACCCGACGUCGUCCGCUCCGAUAUUGCAUAUCGCUGUGGGUUUCAACCUCGAGAUCCAUCUGUAGACCCACCUGUGUCGCAGAUGUACCACGUCUCAUCCUCACAUCCCGAGCUCGUACUCGCUGGCACGGCAGAAAUCCCACUGGCCGGACUCUUCGCUAACAAAAUCUUCAAUGCUGGAGAACUCCCUCGCAAGGUCGUCGGCCUGGGUCGUGCAUUUCGAGCGGAGGCGGGAGCCCGUGGAGCAGAUACGCGAGGACUGUAUCGGGUACACCAGUUCACCAAGCUAGAGCUGUUCGCUGUAUCAGAGAGAGAACAGAGUGACGAGCUUAUGGAAGAGAUCAGGCGAAUACAACUCGAAAUAUUCGAGGGUUUGGGGCUGCCGUUCAGAGUGCUGGACAUGCCAACAGAAGAACUCGGUGCUGCCGCUUAUCGUAAGUACGACAUGGAAGCCUGGAUGCCCGGUCGUGGAGGCUGGGGCGAGAUAUCCUCUACGUCGAACUGCACCGACUACCAAGCGCGAAGACUGCACAUCAGGUAUCGCCCCACUGCAUCACCAUCCUCGACCUCCACUCCCUCCUUUGCGUCGACACAAUCAUCAAGCCUCCCCUUUGCCCACACACUUAACGGGACCGCCGCUGCCGUUCCCAGGCUCAUUGUCGCUCUGCUUGAGAACGGGGCACGAUUCGACGAGGGGCGUGUCGUGGGAAUAAACCUGCCGAAGUCACUUCAGCCAUUUUGGUUGGGUGAUCCUGGACGGGAUAUCAUACGCUGGAUAUGA